AUGGGUCUGAUUGCAGCUGGUGAUUUUGUGGCGAUUGGGCAGCUUUCUAAGCCAUUUACUUCUGUGUUUCUAUAUGACAAAGAGUACCAUCGCCGCGCUCUUCUAUAUGCGCUGCUUCUUUUAAUCAGAAAUUCAUCCACCACAAUCAAUGCUUCCACAAGAAGCAUUCUCAAGGCUUCCACCCCAAGAUUCAUGAAGACAUUUGGUUUAAGUUCAGACAUGGAAUGUGUCAACUCUUCUGUAUGUGGACAUGGUAGCAAAGAUUCUCACUCUGGUCCUGAUCCUCUUCUUGAGUUGGUCAAUUUUUCUUAUCCGGACUUAGUGGCGAACUUGGAAAAUGAUUCGUACUUUCAGGAAAGAGUGAUUCUCGCUCCUACACUCGAGAGCGUCGAGCACGUCAACAACUACAUGCUGUCAAAGCUUCCUGGUGUCGAGAGAGAGUACUUGAGCUACGAUACCCCGUGUAGAUCGGAUGAGGAUUCUGAGGUUCACGCGGAGUGGUUCACCUCUGAGUUUUUAAACGGCGUUCAGUGCUCGGGAAUUCCAAACCACAGACUGAUAUUAAAAGUUGGAGUUCUGAUCAUGCUUCUACGAAACAUAGACCAAGCAGCCGGUCUGUGUAAUGGGACCCUGUUUAGAGUCACUCAUCUUACUCAGUAUAUAAUUGUUGCGACUGUUUUAUCAGGAAUCAGGCUGGGUAAAAAUGAGUACAUUCCGAGGAUAACCUUAACGCCUUCUGACUCUGGUCUUCCCUUCAAGUUCUCUCGAAGGCAGUUCCCGGUGACUUUAUGCUUUGCAAUGACUAUAAACAAGAGCCAGGGCCAGUCCCUUUCUCAUGUCGGUUUCUACCUUCCGAGGUCUGUAGUUACUCAUGGACAACUGUAUGUCUCUCUCUCAAGGGUGAAGUCUAGAAAAUGCCUGAAGGUACUCAUUGUGGAUGAGCAAGGGGUAGUUUCGAGCUCCACGCGCAAUGUUGUCUACAAAGAUGUUUUUGAGAACGUGUGA